CUUUAAUUCUUUUACAGAUUUGUUUUUUCUCUCUAUAUAUUUUAUUUACCCCUUCUUCUUUUCUUUCUUGUCUUCUUUAUUUCUCUUUCCUUCUUCUUCUUUCUUCAAUCUCUCUCUCUCUCCUUCUUUCAAGAUCCUCGAGAUUGGCGUCUUUAGAUAAAAACCAGCAACCCCUCUUUCAAACCACUCUCAAUUUACCAUCUUCCCAAUUCUCUCUCUACAAACACGACCAACAAUUUGAUGAGUGAGAAUGGAGGCUCUCUUGCUGGAGAGGGCCUGAACUACAUUUCAGAGUUGGAACAACAUUAGUUGUUUAUUAUUAAUCUUUCUUCUGUUUUGUUCUUUCUUGGAUUUUCCAUCCCCUGUUUUUGUUCUUUGUUUAUGGCACUUAUGAUUCACAACGACGAUUUGGACAAGCAAAUGGAUACGAGUAAAUACGUGAGAUAUACACCUGAACAAGUUGAGGCCUUGGAGAGGGUUUAUACUGAAUGCCCGAAACCAAGUUCCUUAAGAAGGCAACAACUUGUUAGGGAGUGUCCUAUUCUCUCUAAUAUUGAGCCUAAACAGAUCAAAGUUUGGUUUCAGAAUCGAAGAUGUCGAGAGAAGCAGAGGAAGGAAGCUUCUCGUCUUCAGACUGUGAAUAGGAAGCUGAGUGCCAUGAAUAAACUUCUAAUGGAAGAGAAUGACCGUUUGCAGAAGCAGGUCUCUCAUCUUGUCUACGAGAAUGGCUACAUGCGGCAGCAGCUGCACACUGUGCCAGCCACGACGACAGAUACCAGCUGUGAAUCUGCAGUCAUGAGUGGUCAACCCCAACAGCAAAACCCAACACCUCAGCAUCUUCAAAAAGAUGCUAACAACCCAGCUGGUCUUCUCGCAAUAGCUGAGGAGGCCCUGGCAGAGUUCCUUUCAAAGGCUACCGGAACUGCUGUCGACUGGGUGCAGAUGAUUGGGAUGAAGCCUGGUCCGGAUUCUAUUGGCAUCGUCGCUGUCUCUCGCAACUCCAGCGGUGUAGCGGCACGAGCCUGCGGUCUAGUGAGCCUUGAGCCCACUAAGGUCGCCGAAAUUCUGAAAGAUCGUCUCUCUUGGUAUCGAGAUUGUCGCAGUGUUGAUGUAUUGAGCAUUCUCCCUACUGGAAAUGGAGGGACAAUAGAACUCGUCUAUAUGCAGACUUAUGCACCUACAACACUAGCAGCAGCUCGUGACUAUUGGACGCUGAGAUAUACUACUACUUUGGAAGACGGUUCUCUUGUGGUUUGUGAGAGAUCUUUAACAUCAACAACUGGAGGUCCAACUGGUCCUCCCACAACUUGUUUCGUCCGAGCCGAUAUGCUUCCAAGUGGUUAUCUGAUUCGCCCAUGUGAAGGCGGUAGUUCCAUUGUCCACAUUGUUGAUCAUAUUGAUUUGGAUGCUUGGAGUGUACCUGAAGUUCUAAGGCCACUGUAUGAAUCAUCCAAAAUUCUUGCACAGAAAGUGACAAUGGCUGCUUUGCGACACAUAAGGCAAAUUGCUCAGGAAACUAGCGGGGAAAUUCAGUAUGGAGGAGGAAGACAACCGGCAGUUUUAAGGACUUUCAGUCAACGUCUUUGCAGGGGCUUUAAUGAUGCUAUUAAUGGAUUUACAGACGAUGGUUGGUCUAUAAUGGGAAGUGAUGGAGUAGAAGAUGUUACCAUUGCCAUAAACUCUACUCCAAACAAAUCAUGGGGUUCUGAUUACAAUACUUUAUCGAUGCUUCCAAGCUUUGGAGGUGUUUUAUGUGCGAAAGCAUCGAUGCUUCUUCAGAAUGUUCCUCCGGCCUUGCUUAUCCGUUUCUUAAGGGAGCAUCGAGCUGAGUGGGCUGAUUAUGGGGUUGAUGCUUAUUCGGCUGCUUGUCUUAAAUCCAGUCCUUAUGCUGUUCCUUGUGCUAGACCUGGUGGCUUUCCUAGUUCUCAGGUUAUCUUGCCUCUGGCACACACUGUCGAACAUGAAGAGUUUCUGGAGGUUGUUCGGCUUGAAGGACAUGCGUUUUCACCCGAUGAAGUUGCUUUAUCCCGAGAUAUGUACUUACUACAGUUGUGCAGUGGAGUGGAUGAAAAUGCGGUUGGUGCAUGUGCUCAGCUUGUGUUUGCUCCAAUUGACGAAUCUUUUGCAGAUGAUGCCAUGUUGCUUCCAUCUGGAUUUCGUGUUAUUCCUUUAGAUCCUAAAUCAGAUGGUACUAAUGCUGCAACCAGUCGCACUUUGGAUUUGGCGUCUACACUUGAAGUUGGUUCUGGCAUGGCACGUCGUGCAAGUGAGACUGAUCCAAAUAGCUACAAUCUUAGAUCGGUUCUUACGAUUGCAUUCCAGUUUUCUUUUGAGAAUCAUUUAAGGGACAAUGUUGCUGCGAUGGCUCGUCAAUAUGUUCGUACUGUUGUGGGAUCUGUCCAGAGAGUUGCCAUGGCGAUUGCCCCAUCUCGUUUAAGUUCUCAAAUUGCUCCUCCGAAAGCAUUGCCCGGUUCUCCCGAAGCUUUGACAUUGGCUCGCUGGAUUGCUAGAAGUUACAGGGUUCAAACAGGAAGUGAGCUUUUAAAUGCUGACCCUAAUGCUGGUGAUGUUAUCUUGAAGCAACUUUGGCAGCAUUCUGAUGCUAUAAUGUGUUGCUCUGUGAGGCUAAACGCUUCGGCGGUGUUUACUUUUUCUAACCAGGCUGGACUGGACAUGCUGGAAACUACACUUGUUUCGCUUCAAGAUAUCAUGUUGGAUAAGGUUCUUGAUGAAGCUGGAAGGAAGAUUCUCCUAUCUGAAUUCUCGAAAAUCAUGCAACAGGGAUAUGCUUAUCUGCCCGCGGGUAUUUGCGUGUCUAGCAUGGGCAGGCCGAUUUCAUACGAUCAAGCGAUUGCAUGGAAGGUUCUCAACGAUGAUGAUGUUAACCACUGCUUGGCUUUCAUGUUCAUGAACUGGUCUUUUGUGUAAUCUUAGUAUUAAUUAAUAUUAUGAUAACAUUAUGAAGUUAGGAUAUCAUCAUCUUAAAUUAUGUUAUUUAUUAUUAACCACUGCUUUUUGAAUUUUGUAAGAACUUGUGGGAUCAUACUUUUCACCCUUCCAUUGUUUGGUUUAGGGUUGGUUAUUAUAUCUAAAGUUCCCUUUUAUUUAUUUAAUGACAAAACGGAUCUAUUUCUAUA